GGAACCGACGGGAGGAUGCGACGGUGGUUGAUGGAAGGAGCAGGGGGAAAAGAGAACAUCGUACACGUUCGAAUGAGAAACGCACAAAGAGGAAAGCGGGAGAGGAAGGAAGACAAACGAAUGGCUCAUCGGCCAUCGACUUCGUGCUACUGAUGGACGGCCCAGGCACAGUUACAUGGGAAGAAUUCCUCGAGAAUGCAGAAAGGUUUCUAGUUGUUUCAGACAAGAUAUCGGAUAGAUGGAAGCUCUACGGAGACAAGGAUAUUCCUGGACAAGCUUAUCUAGCCAGGAGAACCAAAUGCUUCGUACCGAGCGAGUCGAUCGUGAGAAAGGAAGGAUCGACCUAUGACGACGGCGACGACGAUGCCGAGGAGUUUCAGGUGAAAUUUCGGGAAGACCCACACGAGGCUACCUCCGCGAGCGAAAUUCCUUUCAUCAUCGAGCACCACAUUCUGUGGUCUAUUAGCUACAGCGUCCCAGUUCUCUUCUUCAAUGGAUGGAAAUCAGAUUUCGUCGGUAUUAACCCGGUGAGCGUAAACGAGGCUCAGACGGUCUACGGUUCCGAAUUAAAUUACACGGAAUUAUCACAAGCGAUUCACCCUAUCGUCGGCACACCGUUCCUACAAUUACAUCCAUGUCUGUCGCAGGAGUUAUUGCGGACUAUGCCGAACAGCAAGAAUAAACUCGUCAGCUGGCUAAGCUGCGUGGCGUCUGCGGCCCUAAAUCUCAAAAUACGUCCGGAAUACUUUGAACUGACUCACUGAAACUUCGUCUCGAGCAUUCUAAGGGCCGAUGAACAUUCUAAAACCUGUAAAUAUUUCUGUGCGAGCAUUGUUCUAACUGUACUGAAAGAAAGAGAAAGCGAGGCGUAUUCUACCUUUGUGACUCUAAAGUCAUCACUCUAACGACUGGCGACCGGUCAUUCAAACUCGUUUGCUUGCAGGUACCUGUAACGUACAGGGAAAAAUCGAUUUUUUUGAUGCGCGUAAAAAUUUGCUAUUAAAAAUAAUUUUUUGUUGAAAUUGAAAAUAAUUAAGACGCUCGAAAAGCUAGAAUGUUAUAAAUUUUUUGUAGCAUUUCUCAUGUUUGAAUAUCCAUCACAAUAAUUUUGGAUGGUCUAAUAAAAUUGUUUUUAGAUCUGUAUUCAGUUAAGUUUUCAGACACUUCGGUAAACUCGUUCUUUCUGCGUAAGAAAUGUUUCGAGAGAUUAUCCUAUGAGGAGAACCUGUCGGUCUCAUCUCUAUUCGAGAGUAGGCGAAUGAUUCCAGUCACGAAUAUUCGAUGGCAACGACGAUUCGAGUGGAAUCCGUUCGCGGACGUCGACAUGGCGGAUCUAGCAUUGACCCAUACGGCGGGCCGAAUAAAUUGCUCGCAAAUGGGCGACGUUUUGCGUUCGCGCGCGGGGGCGGAGGGAAAACAGGGGGGAAGCGGAGAGCAAAAGAGGCUAGAGCGUGGAAAAGAGAGCAUGCAAUUAAUACGACCGCGGACACGUGCGCGCGCGCACGGCAAUUAAACCGUACAAAGACGCAUUUGCGUGCGGCCCCGGGAAUAUUCGUUCUCGACGAACGCGCAGUUUUUCGUAUACGCACAAGUAUAUGUACAGUCGGUUGCGUUAACGAUGUCCGGGGACACGUGGGCGGUUAACGCGCUUCUCGUCAAUUCCCUUUUUGCUCUUUGCGAUGAACGAACGACGGUAAUCGAAUCGUACGAUUAAUUGCGUGACGAAAUAUGAUUCUCUGAAAUACUGCGAGGAGAAAAGAAAGAGAGAGAGCGAGAGAGAGAGAGAACGAGAGGCAAUGUUAUUAGGCACCGUUAACGUAGCCAGUUGUACGCAGCGCUCCCGUCCUCGCGCUCGCAUCCGCGCAUUCGCGUCGCACGCGUACCAGCGGUUCUCAUCCGAGCCGCGACGAACACUUACCGAUUAAUAAUCCCGUUAGCCUCGGUCCCUCUGAUCCAUCCGGAUUCGGCCCGCGCGUGUAACGAACGUUCGCCUUACGAAACACGUGCCGCUCUAAAUUACAAUAGCAAAUGUACGUUAUUCAUGUUAUUCGACCUCCAUUCUGAUGGUUCUCCUGCAAAUAAAAAGAGAAAUAUUGAGGUUAUUCUUUAUUCUCAGUGACGAGAUGGAAAGAGAGCAGGAAGAAGGAAGGGCUAAAAUCGUGUUUCGGCAACUCGAGCCGCCCCGAUGUUUGUCGAGAGCUAAUCGAUAUGGCUUUUAUACAUCGAUCGCGAAUCGGAGAAUGCACGGAUUUCUCAUUUGUUAAACUUACAUUAUAUUUGUUAAUAUCUAAGGCCUUUCUAUUAUGGACUAAAAGCUCGAACUACAGCCAUUAGAAAAAAAAACUGAUUACUAAACAAAUGCGUAACCCACGCAUAUAAUAAAUUAAUUUAUUUAGUUAA